UUACUAAUAAUCAAAAAGAAAUGACUAGCUUACUAAGAAAGACAGAUAACUUGGAUAAGAAAGAAGAAAUAAUAUUAGUACAUAGUUUGGUAUACAAUAAUAAAGAGAUCAUAAAUCUGAAAAAUUAUACUCCCAGAAAAACAAAUAAUAAAUGUUCUAGUAACUUUGUGAGCUCAACUAUUAUAGAAGAUAAAAGAAUUAUAGCCACCAAAGAAAUUGAGAUAAAACCUAAAUGA